AAGGAAAACGAUCCCGCCACCAUCUCGCCGGCAUUUCCUCCCACUCGCGGUUGCAGCGGCGGCGGAGGCGGCCACCGCCCACCGGCUGUGAAGGCGAGAUGUCGUACAUGCGAGGCGACCUGCUGACGAAGACGAGGAAACUGGUGAAGGGGCUGGCCAAGCCCGCCCCUGCCUGGCUCAAGGCCAUGGAGCAGGCACCUCCAGUCACAUUCCCUAGAACUGAUGGUAAAAUCGAGAAGAUAGAACUGCCAGAGGAUGUCUAUGUCAAGAGGUUCUUCAGAAGGCAUCCUGAUUCACUCUACCAUGAUGCAAUAAAGAUAAGCGGGUUUGAUCCACCGCCAGCAAGAGUUUUUGCUUGGCGUGUCUUAGAGUUGAAAGAACAGGGAGUCAAUGAAGAUGAUGCAAUGGCUGUAGCAGAUAUGGAGUAUGGAGCAGAGAAAAAAGCAAAGAAGCUAGCAUACAAGGAACUGAAACAAAUUGCACGCAGAGAAGGAAAGCCACCACCUCCAAAUCCAUAUCCAAGCGCUAUCAAAGAAAUACAGGCAGAGGAAAAGAAGUAUGUUAGGGACCGUUUCCAUAACCCAAAGGUACUCGAGAUCGUGAAUAAGAUGAAAGAGGACAGACAGAUGUUUCUUCAAGAUAGAGCAGCAGCAUCAGGUGGAUCAGGUGAAGGACAGUAACUGGUUGUGUGGACUGGCCAACUAGUUGCUGUUGCUUAUGACAUCAACCAACUGAUAUUUAAACUCGACGUUUAGUUUUUCUAUAAAAAUAAAGUUGUGUGCACAUUCAGAAGUUAGUUAAAGAACUAGAUGUAAGGGUUCGAAACAUGUUUGGUGAGAUAGAGCAUUGUUUCUUUCUCAUAUAUUUUUACUAUUUUCCUCAAACUUUUCAUCUCCCAUGUUGGUUUAACCUUAAUGCUGUA